AGAUGCUGGAGGAAACAGGUACAAAAGUAUCUAUAUCCACAGUAAGACAAGUCCUAUAUCGACAUAACCUGAAAGGCCGCUCAGCAAGGAAAAAGCCACUGGUCCAAAACUGCCAUUAAAAAGCCAGACUACGGUUUGCAACUGCACAUGGGGACAAAGAUUGUACUUUUUGGAGAAAUGUCCUCUGGUCUGAUGAAACAAAAAUAGAACUGUUUGGCCAUAAUGACCAUUGUUAUGUUUGGAGGAAAAAGGGGGAUGCUUGCAAGCCGAAGAACAUCAUCCUAACCGUGAAGCACGGGGGUGGCAGCAUCAUGUUGUGGGAGUGGCGUGCUCAUCACAAAGCCCUGACCUCAAUCCUAUAGAAAUUUUUUGGGCAGAACUGAAAAAGCGUGUGUGAUCAAGGAGCCUACAAACCUGACUCAGUUAUACCAGCACCGUCAAGAGGAAUGUUCCAAAAUUAACCAAACUUAUUGUGGGAAGCUUGUGGAAGGCGACCCAAAACAAUUUAAAGGCAAUGCUACCAAAUACUGAUUGAGUGUAUGUAAACUUCUGACCCACUGGUAAUGUGAUAAAAUAUAUAAAAUCUGAAAUAAAUAGUUAUCCCUACUAUUAUUCUGACAUUUCACAUUCUUAAAAUAAAGGGGUGAUCCUAACUGACCUAAGACAGGGAUUUGUUACUAGGAUGUAAUGUCAGGAAAUGUGGAAAAACUGAGUUUUAAUGUAUUUGGCUAAGGUGUAUGUAAACUUCCGACUUCAACUGUACUUAUCCUCUGCAGCAGAGGUAACUCUGGGUCUUCUUUUCCUCAUGAGAGACAGUUUCAUCAUAGAUCUUGAUGGUUUUCGCGACUGCACUAACUCGGGCAGUUGUUGUUGCCAUCCUGUACCUGUCCCACAAUUGUGUUGUUCGGAUGUACUGAUCCUGUGCAGGUGUUGUUACAUGUGGUCUGCCACUGCGAGGACGAUCAGCUUUCCGUCCUGUCUCCCUGUAGCGCUGUCUUAUGCAUCUCACAGUACGGACAUUGCCAUUUAUUGUCCUGGUCACAUCUGCAGUCCUCAUGCCUCCUUGCAGUAUGCCUAAGGCACGUUCACGCAGAUGAGCGUGAAUGUGAGCGUGAACGUGUUUUUCAGAGUCAGUAGAAAGGCCUCUUUAGUUAGUGUUCUAAGUUUUCAUAACUGUGACAUUAAUUGCCUAGCGUCUGUAAGCUGUUAGUGUCUUAACGACUGUUCCACAUGAAUUGUUUAUGGUUCAUUGAACAAGCAUGGGAAACAGUGUUUAAACCCUUUACAAUGAACAUCUGUGGCGUUAUUUGGAUUUUUACAAAUUAUCUUUGAAAGACAGGGUCCUGAAAAUGGUACCUUUCUUUCAUAUAUAUAAACCAGGGUUCUCAAUCUUUUCUUGCCCAUGGCACCGGGCCUGGCCCAGGCAAACAGGCGACCUGAUAUGUUAGCAAAAAUGUAAUUAAAUCUUGUCUUGUCUUAUCAGGUGAAUGAUAAUGGCAAGUAGGUUAAUCAACAUUUUAAAAUGAAUAGAUUUGGUAGACGGUUUCAUUAUUUUGAACUCCCCACAGGAAGUGUAAACUCUAACAGUCUAUUAGCUCCAAAGGUAUCUGGGCGGGGUAUAUAAAAUGCUGUUGUAAAGCAAAUUUUCUGCAAUUCUACACAUUUUUCCAUUGAUCUGAGUGAAAAUGUUGCAGUUUUAAAGUUAAUUUCCAUCAAUUGUAAACUGUUUGGCAUGAAACUGAGAGACAAUUUUGCAGUUUUAAAGCUUAUAUUUCCUGCAAUUCUAUGCAAUGACAAUGGGGGUGUGCCCUGAAUGCCCAGUAUUUGGUAUUUUAGAUUCUCCUGGACUGUCUGGCUUUUAUUCAAUUGUUAGUUCUCAAAUAUUAUAUUAUAAACAAAUGUAUAGUUCAAUAUCUUUACCGGCAUCUUUUUAUCUGGUUUUGGUCGUUUAAGUUGACACAAACUGUUUUUUCAUUCGCAAAAUAUUGUGUAAUUAGCUCCAAUGACUGUACUUUCCUCCAUAUUAAAGGGAUAGUUUGAUAUUUCUUCAAUGAAGCCUUUUAUCUACUUCCUAGCCUGCUAACUGUUCCUGUACACUUCCAGGCAUUGUGCUAAUGCUCGUUUGCAAUGGCUGGUGAAACUACCUCUAACUUCCUUCAUACUGGACACAGCAACAUAAAAAUGGUAUUCACAAUGGUAUUCUGUUGCUGCUAGCGAUAUUCAUAAAAUAAUUAUGAUUCACUUUAAAAAAUUCUGCCAAUCAGGGCUGUGCAUGUAAAUAUAUUUGCACUUGUAUCAACAUGCCCAUACCGCCAGACUGAGCAUUUCAAUGGCAAAAGGAAAUAUUUGUUAUUUUCACCGGGUCGGACCCCCUUUUACCUCCAGAACAGGCUACAUUUUUCGGGGCAUGGUAACGUUGCUCAGUUGAAAUCAUUUCCCACACCAUUACACCACCACCAGCCUGUACUGUUGACACCAGGCAGAUUGGGACCAUGGACUGCUGCUACUUACGCCAAAUCCUGACUCUGCCAUCAGCAUGACGCAACAUGAACCCGGAUUUGUCAGACCAGGCAAUGUUUUUCCACUCCUCAAUUGUCCAGUGUUGGUGGUUUUGUUCCCACUGGAGACGCUUCUUCUUGUUUUUAGUUGAUAGGAGUGGAACCCGGUGUGGUGGCCUGCUGCAAUAGCCCAUCCGUAACAAGGACUAUCGAGUUGUGUGUUCCGAAAUGCCAUUCUGCACACCACUGUUGUACUGCACCGUUAUUAGCCUGUUUGUGGCUCGCCUGUUUGUUUGCACGAUUCUUGCCAUUCUCCUUUGACCUCUCAUCAAGGAGCUGUUUUUACCCACAGGACUGCCGCUGGCAGAAUGUCUUUUGUUUGUAGCACCAUUCUCAGUGAACCCUGGACACUGUCGUACGUGAAAAGCCCAGGAGGCCGGCCGCUUCUGAGAUACUGGAACUGGCACGCCUGGCACCGACGAGCAUACCACGCUCAAAGUCCCUUAGGUCACUCAUUUAGUCCAUUCUAGUGUUCAAUUAAACAGUAACUAAAUACCUUGAUGCCUGUCUGCCUGCUUUAUUUAACAAGCCACGUGACUCACUGUCUGUAGGAGUGAACCAUUUUCGUGAACGGGGUACCUAAUAAACUGUCAACUUGGUGUAUAUGUGUGUGUGCUUGCACGCAUGUGUGAGUGUGUGUGUUUGUAUAUGUGUGUGUAUGCAAGAGAGAGAGAGAGAAGCUGAUAGGAUAAAGGCCUAUACAGCCAGUAUAGCCAAGCCCUAAGCCUCCUCUAAUUAAGAGCUUCUGGCAUUAUCAAACUCAUCAGGAAUAUUAGUGUUACUUUCUACUAACCCACCACAUGACAUUUACAUUCAAUAGUUAGACUGAAAGUCACUCUCAUUGGGUGAAGAGUAGGAGAAUGUGGGAGAGCGAGAGCAGGGUGGAGAAAGAGAGAGAGAGGGAGAGGGGUAGCAAGAUACAAGAGAGUGAGCAAGCUCGAGAGAAAGGGAGGUAGGGACAGAGAAGAGAGAAAGGGAGGUAGGUACGGACAGAGAAGAGAGAAAGGGAGGUAGGUACGGACAGAGAAGAGAGAAAGGGAGGUAUGGACAGGGAAGAGAGAAAGUGAGGUAUGGACAGAGAAGAGAGAAAGGGAGGUAUGGACAGGGAAGAGAGAAAGUGAGGUAUGGACAGGGAAGAGAGAAAGUGAGGUAUGGACAGAGAAGAGAGAAAGGGAGGUAUGGACAGAGAAGAGAGAAAGGGAGGUAGGUACGGACAGAGAAGAGAGAAAGGGAGGUAUGGACAGGGAAGAGAGAAAGGGAGGUAGGUACGGACAGAGAAGAGAGAAAGGGAGGUAGGGACAGAGAAGAGAGAAAGGGAGGUAUGGACAGAGAAGAGAGAAAGGGAGGUAGGGACAGAGAAGAGAGAAAGGGAGGUAUGGACAGAGAAGAGAGAAAGGGAGGUAUGGACAGAGAAGAGAGAAAGGGAGGUAGGUACGGACAGAGAAGAGAGAAAGGGAGGUAGGUACGGACAGAGAAGAGAGAAAGGGAGGUAUGGACAGGGAAGAGAGAAAGUGAGGUGUGGACAGGGAAGAGAGAAAGGGAGGUAUGGACAGAGAAGAGAGAAAGGGAGGUAUGGACAGAGAAGAGAGAAAGGGAGGUAGGGAGAGAGAAGAGAGAAAGGGAGGUAGGGAGAGAGAAGAGAGAAAGUGAGGUAUGGACAGAAGAGAGAAAGUGAGGUAUGGACAGAGAAGAGAGAAAGUGAGGUAUGGACAGAGAAGAGAGAAAGGGAGGUAUGGACAGAGAAGAGAGAAAGGGAGGUAGGGAGAGAGAAGAGAGAAAGUGAGGUAUGGACAGAAGAGAGAAAGUGAGGUAUGGACAGAGAAGAGAGAAAGUGAGGUAUGGACAGAGAAGAGAGAAAGGGAGGUAUGGACAGAGAAGAGAGAAAGGGAGGUAGGGAGAGAGAAGAGAGAAAGUGAGGUAUGGACAGAGAAGAGAGAAAGGGAGGUAUGGACAGAGAAGAGAGAAAGGGAGGUAGGGAGAGAGAAGAGAGAAAGUGAGGUAUGGACAGAGAAGAGAGAAAGGGGAGGUAUGGACAGAGAAGAGAGAAAGGGAGAUAUGGACAGAGAAGAGAGAAAGGGAGGUAUGGACAGGGAAGAGAGAAAGGGAGGUAGGGAGAGAGAAGAGAGAAAGGGAGGUAGGGACAGAUAAGAGAGAAAUGGAGGUAGGGACAGAGAAGAGAGAACGGGAGAUAUGGAGAGAGAAGAGAGAAAGGGAGGUAUGGACAGAGAAGAGAGAAAGGGAGAUAUGGACAGAGAAGAGAGAAAGGGAGAUAUGGACAGAGAAGAGAGAAAGGGAGGUAUGGACAGAGAAGAGAGAAAGGGAGGUAUGGACAGAGAAGAGAGAAAGGGAGGUAUGGACAGAGAAGAGAGAAAGGGAGGUAGGGACAGAUAAGAGAGAAAGGGAGGUAUGGACAGAGAAGAGAGAAAGGGAGGUAUGGACAGAGAAGAGAGAAAGGGAGGUAUGGACAGAGAAGAGAGAAAGGGAGGUAUGGACAGAGAAGAGAGAAAGGGAGGUAGGGAGAGAGAAGAGAGAACGGGAGAUAUGGAGAGAGAAGAGAGAAAGGGAGGUAUGGACAGAGAAGAGAGAAAGGGAGGUAUGGACAGAGAAGAGAGAAAGGGAGAUAUGGACAGAGAAGAGAGAAAGGGAGAUAUGGACAGAGAAGAGAGAAAGGGAGAUAUGGACAGAGAAGAGAGAAAGGGAGAUAUGGACAGAGAAGAGAGAAAGGGAGAUAUGGACAGAGAAGAGAGAAAGGGAGAUAUGGACAGAGAAGAGAGAAAGGGAGGUAUGGACAGAGAAGAGAGAAAGGGAGGUAUGGACAGAGAAGAGAGAAAGGGAGGUAUGGACAGAGAAGAGAGAAAGGGAGGUAUGGACAGAGAAGAGAGAAAGGGAGGUAUGGACAGAGAAGAGAGAAAAUGAGGUAGGGACAGAGAAGAGAGAAAGUGAGGUAUGGACAGAGAAGAGAGAAAGGGAGGUAUGGACAGAGAAGAGAGGAAGGGAGGUAUGGACAGAGAAGAGAGAAAGGGAGGUAUGGACAGAGAAGAGAGAAAGGGAGGGGGAGCCAGAGAUAGAAUGAGAGUGGGGAGAGUGUGAAAGAGAUGAAUGGUGUUUAAAUUGAAGUGUUUUAUUGUACUGGAGUACAACACUCCAUUAUUCUCUGUGUUGCUUCAAAGCUGUAAUUUGCAUUAAUAAAGGAAAUGGAUGGUAUGAUUAGUGAGAGCCAAAGACCUUGUGUGUGUGCGUGUGCAAGUGUGAAGGUACUGCAUCCCUUCAAGUGCUAGGAGUCUGAGAUAUAGGGAGCAGAAUGUUAAGCCCUGGAUGUGAACGUUAAGUAAUCACACCACAUACUGUUAUUACACAAGUUACACACACAAGUAAGUCCUGCAGUUAUGUUCAGAUAGUUCAGACUAUAAAACUUUUAUAAAAGAAAAACAACAGAUUAGGCCUAUUUGUGUCAAAUAGUGAACUGGGCAGUGGUCUCCUUCCCAACCUGUUCCUUCCGCUCUGUGUGUCCCCAGCUGGUUUCAAGGCAAAGUGCUGCAAUUAAAUGUUUAAAAGGGUGUAAAUCUUCACUGGGGCCUCAGUAAAAUCCCAAUCUGUCUGUGUGCCCCUGCUGCUCAGAACUCAGAGAGCUGUCAGAUACUGAACCACAGAGAAUUGACACAGACAGACAUGCUGGCUCCUAUGGACUCACUCUGUUUUGAAGCACUGUUUAAAUGCGGACAAUAAUUGGAUACGUUGAACACGAGUUGUGCUGGUUAGUUGCUGAAGCUGCAAAAAAGCAACAACAAAAUAAGGUUCACAAACAUUAUCACGCUGUUAUGAUGUGAUCAAAUGCUAUGACAUAUUUACUGUACCUUAUCACACUAGUUAUUACAUUUUCUUCAAAAGGUAUUUGUUAGUCUGGUGUUGAUGUCAUGGUAAAUUGAAGGACUUGUUCAUCUAAAUUAAACAUCUGUUUUAGCCUGUUUCACACAUAGCUGUGUGUGUUCAUGUCCUAGAGGAUGAGGAAACUGUUUUUACCAAACAAUGGAAGUGUCUGAUGGAAAUGAAGGAAAUCUCUAUAUCAAACACAGGAAACACAGUUUCUACACACAUAUUAGGAAUACACACACACACACACACACACACACACACACACACACACACACACACACACACACACACACACACACACACACACACACACACACACACACACACACACAGUUGGAAAUUUCAAUAUCAAACAGGAGCUUUGCAAUGUGCUAAUUGUUCAGCCUCAGAGGAAGGGAUUAGCAUUAGCAAAGUAGCAUAAUGGAGAAAACACGCUACAACUCCUCUGCUAAUUGAGUCACAUGAAUCUCUUACUCCUCUCUUUGCUUCUCUCUCUCUCAAUUCAAUUCAAGGGGCUUUAUUGGCAUGGGAAACAUAUGUUAACAUUGCCAAAGCAAGUGAAGUAGAUAAUAUACAAAAAUGAAAUAAACAAUAAAAAUGAACAGUAAACAUUACACUCAAAGAAGUUCCAAAAUAAUAAAGACAUUACAAAUGUCAUAUUAUAUAUAUAUAUAUAUACAGUGUUGUAACAAUAUACAACUGAUUAAAGUCAAAAGGGAAAAUAAAUAAACAUAAAUAUAGGUUGUAUUUACAAUGGUGUUUGUUCUUCACUGGUUGAUAUUUUCUCGUGGCAACAGGUCACAAAUAUUGCUGCUGUGAUGGCACACUGUGGUGUUUCACCCAGUAGAUAUGGGAGUUUAUCAAAAUUGGGUUUGUUUUCAAAUUCUUUGUUGAUCUGUGUAAUCCGAGGUAAAUAUGUGUCUCUAAUAUGGUCAUACAUUGGGCAGGAGGUUAGGAAGUCCAUCUGAGUUUCCAUCUCAUUUUGUGGGCAGUGAGCACAUAGCCUGUCUUCUCUUGAGAGCCAGGUCUGCCUACGGUGAUCUUUUUCAAUAGCAAGACUAUGCUCACUGAGACUGUACAUAGUUAAAGCUUUCCUUAAGUUUGGGUCAGUCACAGUGGUCAAGUAUUCUGCCACUGUGUACUUUCUGUUUAGGGCCAAAUAGCAUUCUAGCUCGCUCAGUUUUUUUGUUAAUUCUUUCCAAUGUGUCAAGUAAUUAUCAUUUUGUUUUCUCAUUAUUUUGUUGGGUCUAAUUGUGUUUCUGCCCUGGGGCUCUGUGGGGUGUGUUUGUGAACAGAGCCCCAGGACCAGCUUGCUUGCGGGACUCUUCUCCAGGUUCAUCUCUCUGUAGGUGAUAGCUUUGUUAUGGGAGGUUUGGGAAUCACUUCCUUUUAGGUGGUUGUAGAAUUUAACGGCUCUUUUCUGGAUUUUGUCAAUUAGCGGUUAUCGGCCUAAUUCUGGUCUAGAUUCGGGUUUUCCGGUCUUUAUAUUUUGGGUUGGACAGGUUUUUCAAUUUCUUCCUUAGAUUUUUGCAUUCUUCAUCAAACCAUUUUUCAUUGUUGUUCAGUUUCUUUGGUUUUCUAUUUGAGAUUUUUUAGAUUUGAUAGGGAAGCUGAGAGGUCAAAUAUACUGUUAAGAUUUUCUACUGCCAAGUUUACACCUUCACUAUUACAGUGGAUUGUCUUGUACAGGAAGUUGUCUAAAAGGGAUAGAAUUUGUUGUUGCCUAAUUGUUUUUUGGUAGGUUUCCAAACUACAUUCCUUCCAUCUAUUGCAUUUCUUAAUAUUACUCAGUUCCUUUGGCUUUGAUGCCUUAUGAUUGAGUAUUGCUCUGUUCAAGUAGACUGUGAUUUUGCUGUGGUCUGAUAAGGGUGUCAGUGGGCUGACUGUGAACGCUCUGAGAGACUCUGGGUUGAGGACAGUGAUAAAGUAGUCUACAGUACUACUGCCAAGAGAUGAGCUAUAGGUGUACCUACCAUAGGAGUCCCCUCGAAACCUACCAUUGACUAUGUACAUACCCAGCAUGUGACAGAGCUGCAGGAUUUGUUAUCCAUUUUGUUGGUUAUGUUGUCAUAGCUGUGCCUUUGGGGGCAUAUAGGGUAGGGAAUGAUGUCACCUCCAGGCAGGUGUUUGUCCCCCUGUGUGCUGAUGGUGUCAGGUUCUUGUCCGGUUCUGCCAUUUAGGUCGCCACAGACUAGUACAUGUCCCUGGGCCUGGAAAUUAUUGAUUUUCCCCUCCAGGGUGGAGAAGCUGUCUUCAUUUAAAGUCUGGGGAUUCUAGUGGGGGGAUAUAGGUAUACAGGAGGACUUUUUCCUCUGUUAAGAUCAUUUGCUUUUGAAUUUCUAGCCAAAUGUAAAAUGUUCCUGUUUUGAUUAAUUUAAUGGAGUGAGUUAGGUCUGCUCUAUAUCAAAUUAGCAUACCCCCUGAGUCCCUUCCCUGUUUCACACCUGGUAGUUUGGUGGAUGGGACUACCAACUCUCUGUAACCUAGAGGGCAACCAGUGGGUCCGUCUCCUCUAUACCAGGUUUCUUGUUUUUCUAUUUAUUUUUAUUCCACCUUUAUUUAACCAGGUAGGCCAGUUGAGAACAAGUUCUCAUUUACAACUGCGACCUGGCCAAGAUAAAGCAUAGCAGUGGGAUAAACAAAAGUACAGUCAAUAACACAAUAGAAAGAUCUAUAUACAAUGUGUUCAAAUGGAGUAAGGAGGUAAAGCAAUAAAUAGGCCAUAAUAGCGAAGUAAUUACAAAUUAACACGAGUGAUAGAUGUGCAGAUGAUGAUGUGCUAGUAGCAAUACUGGUGUGCAAAAGAGCAAAAAAAAGUAAAUACAAACAAUAUGGGGAUGAGGUAGGUAGUCAGAGGGGCUAUUGGAUGGGCUAUGUACAGCUGCAGUGAUCGGUAAGCUGCUCUGACAGGUGACACUUAAAGUUAGUGAGGGAGAUAUAAGUCUCCAACUUCAGUGAUUUUUGCAAUUCGUUCCAGUCAUUGGCAGCAGAGAACUGGGAGGAAAGGCGGCCAAACGAGGUGUUGGCUUUGGGAUGACCAGUAAAAUAUACCUGCUGGAGCGCGUGCUACAGGUGUUGUUAU